AUCAUUAUAUAACAAACAACCAGAUGAGAUGAGGGUGUGCCAUUCUCUGCAUAUAAAAAGGUCUGUCUCUCCAGCCUCAACAUCACUCUUGCUUCCUUCUUUGCUUGCUUGGGAACUCUACAGAAAUCUGAGUCAACAUGUCUCAAAUUCAGAAAGCCAUGGCACUGAUGAUUUCCUGCUUUCAUAAACACUCUGGAAAGGAGGGAGACAAGACCACUCUGACCAAAGCCGAGCUCAAGGACCUGCUCAAUGCAGAGCUGGGUGAUGUCUUGGGGAAAGCAGAUGACAAGGCAGCUAUCGACAAGAUCUUUAAGGAUCUGGAUGCAGAUGGUAGUGGCAGUGUGGACUUUCAGGAGUAUGCCACUUUGGUCGCCUGCAUUACUAUGAUUUGUAAUGAGCAGUUGGGUAAAAAGUGAUUCAGAGAAAAUGAUUCAUGAAUCACAAUAGCAUUAUGCUUGCUUACACUGAUUUCAUACAAGUUCUGUUUAAGUAAUACUCUGAUGAGCAAACUGCGUUUGUUACUGGUGACGAUGUAUCAAUAAAGAUUGAAUUUCUCACAA